CCGAUACGAUCAUCUGUUUUAACCAUCUCCUGUGAACGCAUAUGUUUUGAUAUUGCUCUGCUAACAGACGUUAUCGCUACUCUAUGCAUAGCUGUUAUCGGAUGCGGCUUAUCAACGGUUGAAUGUGGCAUUCAGAAGUACAAAACAAAAUUAUGUGACCUUUUAGCCUAGCCAAUCCGGAAAGGUUGUUUAACGAUAUGUGAACCAGUUGUAACAAAUCUAGCUUUUCAGUUUUGAAUGUAUUUUUCAUGCAUAUUAUGACAAUGUUUGUUGUUUUUCAAUGUCUCUUUGCAUCGCACCUUCUGGC